AUGAGUGGAUUAGGGGAGAACUCCUUGGACAGCAUGACCAGUGAUUCAAGAAAACGCAAGCCAUUGCCCUGUGAUACCCCGGGACCAGGGUAGAGAGUAUUCAUUUUUUUUAUUUUAUUAUGGGUUGUUUACAAAUAGUGAAUGGGGUUUUUUCAGUAUUUAAAACUGAUGUGUUGGCAUUUAGUGCCAGAUUGUAGUUGGUGACAUGCCUAACAUUCUGAUAUUGGUGUAUGUGAAACAGUCAAAUAAUAUUAUUGCAGGAAAAAUUAGUUGUAUAAACAAUUUUAGAGGCAGGAUUUGUUAAUUAAUUUUUAAUUUGGAGGGGAAUACAUACUUUUUAAAAAAGGGCCCUAGAAAAGCAUAAAUAUGUAAUUUGGUGUAUAUUGCUUAAAUCAAAAAGUAAUAGUGGUACAAUAACAUGUUUUUCUUCUCCCUUCAGUAUUCACCUUCUGUUCUUGUGUGCCUGUACCACUCAACAUUUUCCAAAUGCAAGAUGUCCCUUGCAAUGCUGGGCGUUUUUGAGUAGUUAUCCUAUUCUGAUGUCUUCCUGAUAGAAGUUUUUUCUCAUAAAUUUCAUUGCAUAUAUUUACCCCACUAUAUCUUACUGCCCUUCUUCUAUUGAUUUCCUAUUGAUGUGAAAUUUCAACAACAUUGGUGUAUAUCCCUACUCAGCCACUAAUUUUCCUAGUGGAUUACUUUGAAAAGUGAGGGGUAAUGGACUAGUAACUCAGCCUCUCCCCACACACAUAGUGGCUGUUAGAAGAUACUUGCCCAAGAUUGACAAAUGGAAAGAGGGAGGGAAGUUGGCAUUUCUAAGGUUGGUGGAUUUUACUUAGUGAGCUCCAGUUGCUGACCAUAUAAGUAUGUAUAGUGGGUAGCCAACAUGGUGCCCUCCAUAUGUUGUUAGAGUGCAUCUCCCAUCAUCCUUGAUCAUUAGCCAUGCUCAUAGUCUGGAGGGCACUAUGUUGGCUAUCUAUGAUGUAUUACAUUUGUAACUCACCUUUCUGUACACAGGUUGGCUGCAUUUGCACAUUGUGGUAAGCCAUGGUUAAUGGUUUGACACUGAAUUCAAAGAGUGCUCCCACUUCACUUCUAGCUAGCUAGCGAGAGCAAAAAAACCCACAAUAUUUUUCUUACCAUUACAUCCAAACAGGAUGUUCGCUCCAAGCAAGCCACAAUAGGAAGCCAAGAACAAACCUUAGCUUCAUAUUGUGCAUCGUAGUUUGUUGUCCCUGCUCACUAGCAGGGUGGAGAGAAGCUGGAGCGAAUUUGCACAUUGAUGGCAAACCAUUAAAAAUGGCUUACUGUGACACAAAAGUCACAGUCAGAGUGAUUUAAACUUAGAAUGAGAAGUGCAUACCUGAACAUUUAGCAAUUUGAGAAUAAAUAAAUGAUUUGAAAGAAGAUCCUAUAAUAAUUAGGCUUAACUACUUUAAAAUGUUGUCUCUUUUUUCUAGUCUGAUCUGCAGUGGAGAGAAACGUCGACGUGAACAGGAAAGUAAAUAUAUUGAAGAACUGGCUGAGCUGAUUUCUGCUAAUCUGAGUGACAUUGACAAUUUCAAUGUCAAGCCAGAUAAAUGUGCAAUUUUAAAGGAAACUGUUAGACAGAUACGGCAGAUAAAGGAGCAAGGCAAGUCCUGACUUCUUAUAUUACAAGGGAGAAAUUAUAUUCUAUUUUCAGGUUAUCACAUAUGGAUGUUUAAAUCUAGCUUUUAAAUAAGGCUUUAAAAUUUUGUUACAUUUCUCUUCUGCAUUAUCUGCUUGAAUGUUGACUGUGAGUUUACCUUAACAAAGUUUUCUGCAAAUAGAAUAUUAUUGAACUAUAAUGGGGGGAAAUGAAGUAAUGAUUGACAAAUUUUCCUAAACUGAAUUCUAGUUUUACAUUCAUGGUGUUGGGCAAGUCACUGUAGAAUAAAAGGUCAGAAUGGUACUGAGGAUCCAAAAGUGUCUUCACAAUGAAUUCAGAAGGGAGGUUUCAGGCUAACAGAUCCCUUUCUUCAAUUAUUGAACUGGUUAGAAAGCACGGGAACCAAAGUUCUAUCCUGCAAGCUUAGGCACUUCCCAUGUUCAAAGAAAUGUCUACCCCCUGCUCAGUCACAUUGCAUUUUUUAGAUGAGCAAGUAAAGAAUACAGAAGGUAUGGUGGAGGGAGCAUGUGAAUCCAAGGCAUGAUACAAUCCUGGAUGCUAGAUUAAUAGCUCCAUAUACCCCUUCUUCCAGCAACUCCUGCAGCCAAGCUGGUGCUUUCCUUUGGAGUCGGGGGGGGGGGUUGUCAUCUGGGUAGCCCAGGACCUCCAUACACACUGUCCAUGCUUGCGCCCCUGGGAGGUCACGUCAGUGCUGCUAACACAGUGAUUUGACUUCACCCCUGGACGCGCAUUUCAUUGUCUCAAGACAGAUGCCAAUAACAACAAAAGGAUUUGAGUGUUGCACUGGGUGUGUUUUUCCCAUAGCAAGUUGAAACUCUGAGAUGUAAAUAUUGUGAAAAUAACAGCCAUUAAUUCUACAAUCGCAUUAGAUUUUCAUUGCACAUCUUAAAGAAUGCUUAAUAUAUAUGACAGACGUUUACAAAAAUACUUACAUGCAGUACAGGUUUCAAAAUUUGCUCUAUUUUUUUUUUUAGGAAAAACAGCUUCCACUGAUGACGAUGUACAGAAGGCUGAUGUAUCUUCAACAGGUCAAGGGGUUAUUGAUAAGGAUUCAUUGGGACCUCUUUUGUUACAGGCAAGUCUAUAGGCUAUUACAUUUUAGUACUGAACAGUAUAUAUUACAGCAACAUUUCCCCCCUCACGUGAUAAAUACUAAUAGUCUUACAUAGGCUUCAGAGGAAACAAAACAAACCUUUGCAAUCAAAUACUUCAGAGUUUCUUGCAAAGGUAAUUGAUACACAUGUUUUAAACAACUUUAAACAUUAAAGCAGCGAUGGGAAACUGUGGUACUCCAGAAGCUGCAGAGCUACAACUUACAUAAUCUUUGAUCUUUGGUCAUUUUGGCUGGGGCUAAUGGGAGUUAGAGUCCAACAACACCACAGGUUCCCCAUCCUCUGGUUACAGCAUUCCGUCCAGUCAAGGCAGAGCAUAGGGUUCAUGGACAGAGCAGGAAUAUGGGAGGCACACACAGGCUUCCCAUUUCCCAUUUAUUAUUUAUUAAAUUUAUUUAUUAAAUUUCUAUACUGCCUUCCAUCUGAAGAUCACAGAAUGGCUUACAAUAUAAUAACACAAUAACAAACAUAAGCAAAAACCACCUCACCCUUCACACAGAGCAGGAAUAUGGGAGGCACACACAGGCUUCCCAUUUCCCAUUUAUUAUUUAUUAAAUUUAUUUAUUAAAUUUCUAUACUGCCUUCCAUCUGAAGAUCACAGAAUGGCUUACAAUAUAAUAACACAAUAACAAACAGAAGCAAUAACCACCUCACCCUUCACACAGAGCAGGAAUAUGGGAGGCACACACAGGCUUCCCAUUUCCCAUUUAUUAUUUAUUAAAUUUAUUUAUUAAAUUUCUAUACUGCCUUCCAUCUGAAGAUCACAGAAUGGCUUACAAUAUAAUAACACAAUAACAAACAGAAACAAUAACCACCUCACCCUUCACACAGUUUAAAAGGCCAUGGAUUUAUUUUUUAUUAUAAUGGCCUGGUAUGCUGGCUGCAUGAGCUGAAGCUCAGAGGGAUUGGUAGAUAAGUAAGCAAUGAAUCCUUUUUCCCCCCUGGAAAGUGAUGCACUGUCUUCAACUGAAACAGCAACCUUCAUAAAAUCAUAGAGUUGGAAGGGACCCCAAGAGUCAUCUAGUCCAACACCCUGCAAUGCAAGAAUCUCAACUAAAGCAUCCAUGACAGAUGGCCAUCCAACCUUUGCUUAAUAAUAAUGAAGGAGAGUCUACAACUUCCUGAAGGAGUUCAUUGAACAACUCUUACUUUCAAAAGUUCUUCCUGAUGUUUAGUUGGAAUCUCCUUUCUUGUAACCAAAACUGGAUUCUCAGUCUAACAAAUUGGGUAAUCUCCAGAUUGGAUUACUGUCAUAUCGUCUGCAUGGGAUUGCCUCUGAAGACGGUUCAGAAACUUCAGUUGGUGCAUAAACAGUGCUAGAAUUUUGGGUGCAGAUUGCAGGGACAAUGUAAGAUUGAUCUUUAAAUAUUUAUGUUUGCUGUAUGUUUCCAGGCAAAAUUUUGAGUUCUAAUUCUUAGACUUUUUGUUGUUUCAUUCAUGUUCUUCUGAAGAAGAGUUUUCUUCCAGGUUACUCAGCAGAGAUGUGUUUAUACUUAGGCAUGCAUACUACAUGUAUGUGUGUCCAUUGUUGUAUGUAUCUGCAUUAUUCCCCAUUUCAGCUGCAACACUGUACACACAUACCUGGGAGUAUGCCCCAUUGAACUAAGUAUGACUUAUUUCUGAAAAGACAUGUAGGACACCCCCCCCCCAAAAAAAGAUUGCUGUCUGAGAUUGGUGUGCCUCUAUUUUCUGUAUCUUUCACAUAUAUAAAAGUCUGUAUACUUGGAUAAUUUGCUAUGAUUUUGUUUUUAGGCAUUAGAUGGCUUUUUAUUCGUAGUAAAUCGAGAUGGGAACAUUGUAUUUGUAUCCGAAAAUGUCACUCAGUAUUUGCAAUAUAAACAAGAGGACCUGGUUAAUACAAGUGUUUACAGUAUCUUGCAUGAAGAGGACCGGAAGGAUUUUCUUAAAAAUUUACCAAAAUCUACAGGUAAUAAGCUUGUUAAUACUUGGGUUUGUUACUGUGUAGAUACCCAUUUUAAACAGGAAGAUAGCUUUUAAGUCCUUAAGUGGUGAGGGCAGAGACUUCAUCAGGCAAGGCCUCCUUCCACCUGCCUUGCCCCACCCUCCAACCCUGGGAGUCCUUAUAAGAAAGCCGUGCCUGGAGGAAGAACUGUGAGGGGAGAGACUUCAUCAGGCAAGGCCUCCUUCCACCUGCCUUGCCCCACCCUCCAGUCUCUGCUUCUCAGUUUGUAUUGUAUUAUUUUAUGCACCGUUGUUUUAUUGAUUGUAGUUUAGAAAUUAUUUAUUGUAAUUGUUAAGAGUGUAUUUCUGUUUAAUUUUUAUAUGCUGAUAUUUAAUAGUAUUCUAUACUAGUCUAAUGGUUGUUGAAUGUUACUUUAUUUGAUGUAAGUUGCUUAUUUUAAAGUUACGUUUUAUUAUUACAUUUUUGUAUUGCAUUAGAUUGUUAUGAGGUGUACAUUCUUUGUUUCUUCAGCUUGUAAACCGCCUUGGGUGUUGUAAGAUAGAAUGAUGGUAUACAAAUUAAAAGUGAUGAUGAUUAUUACGUAUUAAGCAAAGUAUUCCUUUUUAUAUUUGAAUUAGUUUCCACUGUUUUAAAAAACAUUUAGUUUUAAUUAAUUUAUUGCAUUUAUAUGCUGCUUUUCUGUCAAAUUAUUUUAAGUUUUCAAGAAAAUACUAGCGUUAUGUCUCACUGUUACAUUUGCCCUCUCAUAUAUAACUGCCAAUUUUCUUUAAAGUCAUACAAAAAUACCUUUCAAAACAGUUUAAUUUAAUAUAAGCUACUAUUCCAUUUACUGUUUUAAUUACCAGAAAUAUACUAUUAAAUUCUCAUACCUUAAAUGUAGCUGCUAUAUAGCUAGCACCAUUGCUUUCUUUCUAGUGUUUGCUUCUUUGUUAUUGAUAUGUGAGAAAGUAGAAUGUCCAUUCCUUUCCCCUCUUCAGUAGCACUUAAAAAAAACAUUUCUGGCAUAGGAGAGGCAUCCAUUGAGUUAGAUGUCUGAUUUUAGUGAAAUUUCUUCCAAGCAUGCUUAGGAAUGCAGUCUUACCUAAUACCUUGUGUAAAGUCUUAUUCUGCUCAAACAUAAUAUAGUUCUUAAAUUUGUGUGUACACUAGUGAAUGGAGUUUCUUGGACCAAUGAAGCACCUAGACAGAAGAGUCAUACAUUUAAUUGUCGCAUGAUGGUAAACACUGUACAUGAUCUUCUGGAAGAUGUAGGGAACAACCAAGAUACACAUCAAAGAUUUGAAACCAUGCAAUGUUUUGCUUUAUCACAACCAAGAGCCAUGCUGGAAGAAGGUGAAGGUAAUAACAUGCAGCUGAUGUGGCUGUUGAUUUUUUUAUCUCUUAAGUACAACUUUAUUUAUAACGUGAUGAGCUGUGUUCAGUCAGUGCCUUUUGUAAAAUAACUUAGCAAUACAUAGAUGUCAGUAUUUGUAUUUCUUAAUAAUAAUAAUAAUAAUAAAACAGAAAGCUUUUGUUUUCUUUAAAUCUCAAGCUAUCUAUAAAUGUAACAUAAAAUGUUUUGAAUUGCAGAUUUGCAGUCCUGUAUGAUAUGUGUGGCACGCCGUAUCUCGGCAGUAGAAAGGGUAUUUUCACCAAAUACAGAGAGCUUUGUUACUAGACAUGACCUUUCAGGUAAGUAAGCUAUAUGAAUAACUAAUGAACUCUAUUAUCAAUGUAAAUGAUCACAAGCAUGUUUUGUGCAGUUAUUUUACAAUUGCUUGCCUAGAGGCUUUUUUAAAAAAAAAUAUAUUUAGUAUUAGAGCUUCCAAGGCAGCUAAUAUUUCAGUAGGUUUUACUUGUAUUUUUCUUAAUCACUCCUGCACCUAGUUUGUUUAUUUUAGCUACACUUGUUCUCUGCAAAAUAAAGGCCUGGUUUGGAUUGUCCCUUCAUGCGUAAGUAGAUGGAGAUUGCAGCUUCCCAGGACAGGGGCAUGUGAGGCUGGGCAUGUGGAGUUGUGCACCCUGAAUAUCCAUGGAUGGAUGUAAUAGUUGAAUACAUUACAGAGACAUGUAGUUGAAAGCCAAGUUAUAAAUAGGAUUGUGUUGUAAAAUCCAGUAUGCAAAGAGUUGAAUCCUGUUGUCAAUUCCUUUUCUCCCAAAUGUUGGGAUUCAGCACAUGGUUUGGAAUUUUACACAGUAACACCUAAUUCAAAUAUAACACCCACACAUGGGUAUUCACAGGAAAAGUGUGCCUGGUGGUAAUUGUAGGUAUGAACAAUCUUAUUCUCACCAGCCUAGGAAGAAGGUAAGGGAGAAAAUAAUCUGAACUGGGCUAAAUCUGGAGCGUAGAGCUAAAACUGCCAAUUGACCAUCUUAACCAGCAAAAGAUCUUGAGCUGGCAACAUAAAGCUACUCUGGCUGAAUUUAGUCUGCUAUGAUUUUUCCUAGUUGGUGAUUAUCAUUACCAGCAUUUUUCAUUUGCUUUAUACAAAACAAAGAGUCUCAAAGCAACAUAAUAAGAUCAAAUAAAAUAAGUAAAACAGUGUAAAUCCAGACAACUCUAAAACAAUGAAAAGUACAAAAGUCAUAAAAUGUUCACCCAGUAAAAUAGCUAUGUGUUGUUUGUGGGAACAGUUUUGGGUUUAUUUAUUAUUUUUAUUUAUUCAUUGAAUUUAUAUACAACCCUAUACCUGGAGGUCUCAGGGCGGCUCAGGUUGGAUAUAUCCCAUUGGUAUUUAUUUCCAGGAGUUAUGUUGACUGUUAAUGAUGAUCCAGAUUAUCUGGGGAACACUGUUUUCGAGUCUGUAGGUGCUCCUUUAAAUAGUUCAUCCUUCUUACCUUGCGUAAAGAACUGACCACUCACAUGUACAUGGUCUUUCAAGUUGAGACCUUGAGAUAUUCGGGUCUGUAUGCAAGGCAAAAAGGUUGAAUCAUGACUAGGAUUCCAAGAAUGGAUUUGUACAUAUCUGAAAGAACUGUGUUUGCAGCCUAGUCUUUCUUUCUUUUUUCUUAUUCUUUCUUUCAUAUUAAUGCCACAGAACAUUGCUAACCAUGCUAUGCUCAUUUUAUUGUUUUUAGCUUUUUAUGUUUUACAUAUUUUAUAUCAAGUAAGCAUUUUUCUGAUUGACAGGUAAACUUGUUAACAUAGAUACAAAUUCUCUAAGGUCCAUGAGACCUGGCUUUGAAGAUACAAUUCGUCGUUGUAUUCAGAGAUUUUUAUGUCAAAAUGAAGGACAGCCCUGGUCAAACAAACGCCACUAUCAUGAAGGUAACACCACACAUUUCUAAAUGCUAAUUUAUUUAAUUUGUACAGAGUUGUUUCAUUUAGGACCAAAUUAAAAUCAACACAAUGAAUAUAUCUCUUAGGAAAUGCCUUUACAGUAAAAAAAUUAAAUUGUAUACACCAUUUGGUUAUAUUAGGCUCAUUAAUAAUUAUAACUAAUUUGUUAUACUAUUUAGUGUUAGUAAAACACUAAAUUUGGGCUGUGCAGAUUCAUUCACCUAUUUUUCUCACACUUAUCUUAGUAAAACAAGUGAGAAAAAGUAGGUGAAGGUUUUGUAUUGCAGAGCCUAGGGUUUCAUUAAAGAGUAUGGGAAUUCCAUUUUCAUGCCAUAUUUUGGGCUGUUGUUUUACUAAGAUAAGUGAGGAAAAGUGUGAGAGAGAAAUGGAUGAAUGUAUCUGAACAGCCCAAAAUAUUACACGUUUUCAUUGCUUUGAGACACGUGAUUAUCUAAAAACUCAUACACUAUUGAAUUACUAAAGUCUCUGGAAAUAUUAUAUUAAGACAGGACACAUGUGAAUAUAAAUUUUACUCAUACACAAAUUUGAUAAUAGAAUUUCACGAAGCUUUGGGUUUUCCAAAGUGUAUUUUUAUUUUUUAAGUGACCAUUUUGUUAAAGUAGUUAAUGAUGUAGUGUGAGUUUUAUUUCUGUUUCUAGAAUGGGAAAUGUAAGCAGAUUGCUUCAGUACUAAUAGUUUCUACUCUUCCUAACAGCUUAUAUGCAAGGUCUUGCUGAAACUCCACUCUAUCGGUUCUCCUUAGCUGAUGGAACAAUAGUGACAGCACAAACAAAAAGUAAAUUGUUCCGGAACCCUGUUACCAAUGACCGGCAUGGGUUUAUCUCCACUCACUUUCUUCAAAGGUGAAAUCAAUAAUCUGUUUUAGCAGCUCCAAAAUCAUAUGUGUCUAAUGUGAACCAACAUAAUGAAAACAUUUAGAGGGCAGUAUAAGAGACAAUAGAUGCGGAAUUUUAACCCAUGAGCACUGUUAAAUUUUAUUUGGUCAGAUAUAACAGGAAGAUAAAAUUGCUUAAUGUUAAGUUUCAGUUCAUACAAAUUUCAUACAUAUGCCCACUACCGUUUUUUAUCUCUUCGGACAAGGACAGGAUGGCACAUCAUCUCAUGGUACAUUGUGUUUAUAUUGAAACUUAGGAAUACACCUUUUAUUGAGUUAGACCCCAAAUCCAAUAUUACCUACUUGACUGAGAAGUUCGGAAGGAUCAAAGAAGCUGGUUUCUCUCACAAUAAUGAUUUUAAACAUUGCUAGGGUAAAUCCUACUACUAAUAAUAUGAUAAUUUUGUACCCUGCCCAUGUGACUGGGUUGCCCCAGCCACUUUGGGCAGCUUUCGCACGUUGAACCUUUGAAAAAGAGGUUUUGAGCUUAUUCAUUUUUAUGUCUUUUUGAGAUAAGACAGUAAGCCUCAUUAUGUAACAGCAACUGACUUCUACCCACUGUAUCACAAUUUCUAUAAAGUUCUCAUUAAGGGUGGAAUAUUUUCUAUUCUUAUCAAGAAAAUUAGUGGAAUAUACAACUUGGAAAUACAGUUUGUGCUCUUCCUAUACCUUGUUGAUGUUGAUAAAAAGAUUAAUACAAUGGGCUAAGGAAGAAUUUUAAAUUUCAUCAUAAAUUUCUAUGAGCUCGAUCAGUGUAUAUGGCAGUGCUCCUGUGUUCUGCUGUUGCAACCCAGUAUUGUACAUUGAUUCCUAGAAGAACAUAUAAGAUCUUUUAAAACAUGGACAUUACUAAUCCACUGUGCCAAGCUUGAUUGCCAAUGCUGUGUGUUUCAGAGAACAAAAUGGAUAUCGACCAAAUCCCAGUGCAAUGGGACAGAACAUCAGAACAUCUACAACUGCAAGUACAAAUUCAGUCAGUGGUGUCAUGAACAUGUCAUCUGGGCAAAAUAUACCUUUGCAGAACAGGAACUAUGGUAUGGGAGAUCCUAACUUAAUGGGGCAGAUGAGUGGUGCUAGAUAUGGAGGUCCUGGAAACAUGGGACCGGUGAACUCUGGACAAGGAAUGCAGUCUUCUCCUUAUCAGAGUAACUAUGGAUUAAAUAUGAGCAGCCCACCACAUGGGAGCCCAGGCAUGACUUCCAGUCAACAGAAUUUAAUGAUAUCCCCUAGGAAUCGUGGGAGUCCAAAAGUGAAUUCACAUCAAUUUUCUCCUGUAGCAGGUAAUUAUUUCUAGUAUCUUUUUAAAGUGUGUUUUGUUUUGUUUUUUUGUUUCAGCCUCUGAAAUCAGAUACUAUUUAUUCAGUUGGCCAGAAAUGGUGAUGAUUAUCAUUGUUUAUAAUCCACUCUUCAGCUAUCAUUCCCAGAGCAGCUUAUAGCAUAAACAUAAAAAACAAUCUAAUACAGUCAGACUUACUGUGCCAUUUUUCAUAGAAUACCGUACUAUGAAAAAUAUUGUUAUGCAGAAAUUAUGGAAGGCAGUUUUAAAACUUUCCCUUUAUAUACUUUCUGCUGUAAUGUUUCAAAGUAUUUUUAAUUAAAUGAUUCGUUAAUAUGUAAUACCUCACUUAGUGUUUCUCCUCUUUUUGUAUAGGUGUGAACUCUCCAAUGGGAACUGCCAGCAACACUAGCAGCAACAAUUUUUCAAGCAGCUCACUUAGUGCUCUUCAAGCGAUUAGUGAGGGAGUUGGAACUUCCCUUCUGUCUACUCUUUCUUCGCCAGGUCCAAAACUAGACAAUUCUCCAAAUAUGAAUGUUUCUCAGCAAAGUAAAAUGAGUAACCAGGAUUCAAAGAGCCCUCCUGGCUUGUUUUGUGAGCAAAAUCAAGUGGAGAGUUCCAUGUGUCAGUCAAACAGCAGGGACUCCCUUAGUAACAAAGAAAUCAAAGAAGAGGGCCUUGAAGGCUCUGAUCAGAGGGGACUACCUGAAAGCAAAGGGCAUAAAAAACUUCUCCAGUUGCUAACUUGUUCCUCAGAGGACAGGGGACACCCUACACUGUCAAACUCCCCUUUGGACUCCAGUUGCAAAGAACCUACUGCCAAUGCCACAAGCCCUUCAUCUGGAGUCUCAUCUUCUACAUCUGGAGGGGUCUCUUCUUCAUCAAACAUGCAAGAGAAGCAUAGGAUUUUGCAUAAAUUGCUGCGGAAUGGUAACUCUCCAGCAGAAGUGGCAAAAAUCACAGCUGAAGCUACUGGUAAAGACACGUACCAUGACAGUAGUGCUGUUUCCUGUGGUGAAGGAACAGUCAAGCAAGAACAAAUGAGUCCUAAAAAGAAGGAAAACCAUGCCCUCCUUAGAUACUUGCUUGACAAGGAUGAUGUAAAAGAUCCUCUUUCAAAAGACAUUAAACCUAAAAUAGAAAAUUUGGACAGCAAGAUGGGACAGUGCUGUAGUUCUGCCAUAACUACUUCAAGUCAAGAAAAAGAGAUGAAAAUAAAAACAGAACCCACUGAAGAGGUAGAGUAUUCUAAUGUUUAGCAAAAUCCCUGUUAAAAGACUCAGUAUACUUUUGUUUUCUAAAUAAGCCCCUGGAAUGGAACCAUGCACUUUCUUUUUGUAAGUCUGAAAACCACAGCUAACCUGAAUUCCCAACUAUGAUGUAUCAAAGUAAUUUUUAAAACGUUGCUUUUAAAAAUUAUUUCACAUUGUGCCAGUUUAAUUUUCCACUGAUUAUAGACGAUGAUGGUAUUCCACUCAAUACGUGAGAGAACAUGGAAUGCCUCUUUUAAGAAGGAACCUGCCCCCCAUGUAUUUUAAGCAUUUACCACCUUAAAUAAUUAAUAUAGCUGACUGAGGCUGCAAUCCUAAUCCUGUGUACCUGGAAGUGAGCCUCAUUGAAUUAAAUAGGAUUUACUUCUGAGUAGAUGCGGUUACAACUGCAUUCCAAGCCAUUCUCAGCAUCAGCCUGUUGAAACUGAUAGGCAUGAGAGAAUCAUGACUGAAAUAAAUUAUUUGAUUUCAGUACAUGUACUGCUACUAAGCAUGACUUAGUCGGUGACCACUUUUAAUAAUUAACAUUAAAAAAAAUAUUUACAUGAUCAAAUAUUUACAUGACUUCUAGCUUGUUCUCUUAAGAAUUUGUAGUAAGUUUCGAAGACAUCAUAGUUUUGAACGCAUACCAGCUUCUGAUUUUUUCAGUAGAAAUCUAAACAACUAAGUUUGUUUUUAAUUUUUUUUUUUCAGAUGAGUGGAGAUUUGGUGGAUAAUUUAGAUGCCAUUUUGGGUGAUCUAACUAGCUCAGAUUUUUGCAGUAAUCCAAUGUCUGCAAAUGGAAAUAACAUGGGGAAUAAGCAACCAUUGUGCCAAGGAAAUGCACCACUGGGUAAAGUUUAUUUGACAUAAUAUUUCACUUUACUUAACAGUCAUUGUGUUGAUUCAAGCCAUUCUUUCUGUUUGUUCUUAAUUUCCCAGUUUAGCCUUUUAAAAAAUGGUUUUUAUUGUUGUCUACUAGUAGACUAGAAUUUCCUUGUAGAUACCCUCUGGAAUCUCUGAUAGUAAGCUGUAUAAAGAUUGAGACCUAACACAAGAAAACCUUGAGUUUAAAGUUGCAAGCAUAGAUUUGAUAGAAACCAACUGUCGAUCACUGGGGAGCCUGCAGAUCAACAGGCCAGAUACUACCACUUUCUGCUGUUCCUGGAGGCUGUUCAUGCUUAUUAAAUCAAAUAACAGUGCAUUCCAGAGUGCACAAUAAGAUGAAUCAAUAGGUCAGAAAGUUCAGCUUUGAUUAGCUAAAUAAUUUGAGAAAGGUAAACUAAAUCAGAAGUGGUAGUGGGAGCAUACAGCUAGGUACUACUUUAUGAUGAGAAAGGGAAUCAUGGUUUCCGUGUGUGUGUGUGUGUGUGUGUGUGUGUGUGUGUGAGAGAGAGAGAGAGAGAGAUCUAGUUGUAUUUUCUGAACUUUCUAUGAAAAAAAUGGUUUUUUUAAAAAAAAAUCAGUAUGCAAUUCAAAAGUGUUGAGAACAUCAGUAUUUAAAAUGUUGUUUAUUCAGAUUUUUGUGUUAUUACAGAGUUAGAAUAAAUACCAUAAACAGAAAAAAUACUUGAUAAAAGGGAAGAUACUUCAACUGUCGUCUAACUUGUUUUCCAUUUUGUUUAAAACUUUUGACCUUUUGCAAAGUGCAUUACUUUUUUGUAUUCAUAAAUAUAUAUAAUCAAAUCUGUCUUGAAAUUCCCUUUUUAAAAAAAUAAUAAUGUGUUACUACAUUUUAAGCAGGGACGCGGGUGGCGCUGUGGGUUAAACCACAGAGCCUAGGACUUGCCAAUCAGAAGGUUGGCGGUUCAAAUCCCCGUGACGGGGUGAGCUCCCGUUGCUUGGUCCCUGCUCCUGCCAACUUAGCAGUUUGAAAGCACGUCAAAGUGCAAGUAGAUAAAUAGGUCCCGCUCCAGCAGGAAGGUAAACGGCAUUUCCGUGCGCUGCUCUGGUUCGCCAGAAGCGGCUUAGUCAUGCUGGCCACAUGACCUGGAAGCUGUAUGCUGGCUCCCUCGGCCACUAAAGCGAGAUGAGUGCCGCAACCCCAGAGUCGGUCACAACUGGACCUAAAGGUCAGGGGUCCCUUUACCUUUACAUUUUAAGCAUAGCAGUUAACUUAAUAUGUAUUUAACUGUACUCAUACCAUAUUAGAGCUAAUUUAUUAGGCUUCUGAUUCCGCCCCUGCCCCUGCCUUUCUAGUUAGGGUUUUGAUUAUUUUCUAACAUUUUAUAGAAUUCUGUAUAUAGCUAUAAGAGAUUUGAAAUUAACAGAGACUGUACAGAUCCAAAGAGAUACACCAUAUUCUUUUAAUAAUUAUAGUAGUUAUAGUAGUUAUAGGAAGUUAACAUCUCAGUCUGAAACAUUAUAGAUCAAACAAUCCAGAUGAAUAAUUUCUGUAUUAGUCUCCAUCAGUGACUCGUAUAGGACAUACAAUUUCUGUAGUUUUAUUAAAAUUACAUUAAAUAACCUUAUCGUGGAUGAUAAACAUCUGUCAUGGUAGAUCAAUACCAGGUUUAAAGAUGGUACAGUUACAAUUAUAUUUUAAUUACUCAACAGGUAUGAGAAGUCCCCAAUCUAUGCAGGCCACCCGUCCUCCUUUCAACAGAGCCUUGUCUUUAGACAGCCCCAUAUCAGUGGGAUCAAGUCCGUCUGUGAGGAGUGUUAAUACAUUCUCCAUGCUACAGAAGCAAAACAUGAUGGGUGGGAGUCCAAGAAUGAUGGAAAAUCAGGAAAAUUUUGGAACUAAUAUGGGUUUGUUGAUUUCCUCAUACUUUUAAAAAAAUAACGAACAAUAUCCCAAAGGUUUGCUGGAGUAUAUUAUUAACUACGAGAAAAAUUGUUACAAUUGUAUUAUACUAGCUUAUUCUAGCUAAGCUUCUUAGACCUUUUGGCUCAAUUCACACAUCUCACCAAAAACAUUUGUAGGGUUGGGUUUAGUUGUGAUGUCUGAAUUAACAAAUCAUGGUUUGUGAGGAGCUAGCAAAUUUGCUUGCACCAAGUGCGGUGAGGGUGGUGUCUGAAUUGGCAAAUCAUUGUUGUGGCUGUUCCUUUACCUCCAUUGCCACCACACCUAGGGUCUGGAGUGGUGAGCAGAUAGAAAAUAGAAGCAGUCAAGCAUCCCUAAAGCAUGGGUUUCCUGUACAUUCAGAAGUUCACGUCUCUGUGUUGACAUGGUUAGAGUACCAGACUAUGGUCUCUGAGACCCAGGUUAAAAUCUCUGCUCAGUCAUGAAGCUGUCCAGGGGACCUUGGGGCCGUCAAGAGCUUCAUGUUCUGGCUUUUAAACUUUGGUGAGUGCAAACUUCAGCAAUUCUGUUUGAAUUGAACCACUGUCACAAAAAAUACACAGUGAUAACAACAACCCAUCUUCGUUGUUGUGCAAUGCUUUAUAUCUCAGUUGAACCUGACAACUAGAUUAUAUUUGAGAUGUUACAGUGAAUGGUGGCUGAAAAGCCCUGAUAUAUGCAGCCCUUUGGGUCCUGGCUAAAACUGAUUUGGAGUGGGUGGGUAUAAAAAUGCCAACUGUAGCAAAUUGUAUUGUAUUCUAUAGUUUUCUGUAGGGAAAGCAAUGUGUAUUUAAAUACGUUAUUUUUCUAGGGGGACCUAACAGAAAUAUGCCUAUGAAUCAGCAUUCAGCAAGUGACUGGAGCCUACAAAACUCAAAAGUGAGCAGGAUGGAACCUAUUAGUUCUGGUUCAAUGCCAAGACCAGGGCCAGACUGCAACCCAGCCCUUGCCAGAUCUUCAGUUGGUGGUCCCAUGCCUGGUUUACCCAUGAGGUCAAAUAGUAUGCCUGGCACCAGAUCCAUGCUCCAACAGCAGAUGAUCCAUAUGAGUGAGUUCUUACUAUUCUUUUUUAAUUGGACACCACAAUAAUUUGUGUCUUACGCACUGCACAUAGGUAAGAUAAUAGAAUCAUAGAACUGUAGAUUUGGAAGGGACUACAAGGGUCGCCUAGUUCAACCUCCUGCAAUUCAGGAAGCUUUCACCCAACAUGGGGCUCAAACCCACAACCCUGGGAUUAAGAGUCUCAGGCUCUGCUGACUGGCAAUAAAGUUUGAAGCAUUUACGCUUUGGGCUGUUUGCACAGUGAUCUGUACUGUGUUCUGAGCAACUAGUGCUCCAGUGUGGGUUGCUGGAUACUGGUAGACUUCAAGGAAGCAAAGCAUUUAAAUUCAGUGAUAGUGAUAAACAAUUUAGACCACUACCUCUCAGCUUAGGGUUGCCAUACUUCAAGAAUUCAUCCAAAAAACACAAAUAGCGAUCCUAAAACAGACACUUCUUGGUUCUGUUGACAAAAACCCUGGAUAUUUCGCCGAUUUUUCAAAAUUCCUCAUGGACGCUGCUUUCGCCAUUUGAUUCCCGGACAUGUUUGGGGAAAUCUGGGCAUAUGGCAACCCUAUCUUAGCUGCCUUGUUACUGCUAUUUGAGUUUAAUGGGGGAGCACCCUGGUGCUGUCAUGUCUACAACAGUUCAAAGAUGUGGAAGGAACUACUAUUAGUUGAACACACACAAACACCCUGUUAAGAAGCUCUCUCCCUUUUUGCACACCCAUUUGAAUAGAAAUCUUACAUUCUGAAAGUAAUGCCAUACAUUUUUACCUAGGCUUCAAGUGAGAGUAAGACCGAUGAGUUUGAUAUUAAAAAUAGUUGUAUAGUGGUUUUGUUGAGAUAUUUUAUCAUUGUGUUUUAUAAUAGUGAUACAUUGUUUUUGUACGCUGCCCUGUGUUGUUGGAUUGCUGCUCCAAAAAUUCACCUCUUUUCUAAAAGUAAAUUUAGUUUUGUUUCAUUUUGUAGGGCCAAAUGAAAUUAAUAUUGGUAUGGGAGGGAAUCCUUAUGCACAUCAAGGGCCGUCUAACCAUCCAAAUGCAUGGCCUGACAACAUGCUGUCCAUGGAGCAAGGACCUCGAGGUUCACAAAACAGGUACAAUAAGGUUUAGAAUGUAAUAUGUUAUUUAACUGACAGCCUAUUUUUCAUCCACAAAUGGUAUCAGAACAUUCUGAUCAUUCAGGAAAAACACUCAUUUAAAUACAAAAUUAGUUAAGUCCAUUGAUUUCAAUGGCUCUGCUAUGAAUAUGACUUCCCCUAUCUGAACUAGAAUGCUGGACUAGACAGAUUAUUUGUUUGUUUGUGAUUCAUCAAAGAAAAUGCUUACAUCAUAUUUGUAAUUUGUUUACCAUCUUAGUCUUUGACAUUCUAUUGGGGAUUUGUUGGAUAGUAAUGAUCUAUCAAAGGUGAUAAAAGUUUUAACAUGGAGGGUCCUCCUUUCAGUUUCCAGAAUCCUGCUCAUUUGUGAAAUGACACUAGGCAUAUCUCAUUUUUGCACUUAUGUAUACUGGGAAGAUAUGAUUCUUAUCUGGAGACUUCAAUUUAUGUGUGAUAUGAGAAUUUAUCUACUCUUUGACCAGUAUUCUUAAUUGUUGCUACAUCUUGGUUUUCCUAGGCAACUAGUUAGGAAUUCUUUGGAUGAUCUUCUGUAUGCUGCUCCAAAUGUUGAUGGCCAAAGCGAUGAAAGGGCUCUUCUAGAUCAAUUGCAUACAUUGCUGAGUAACACAGAUGUCACAAGCCUUGAAGAAAUUGAUAGGGCCUUAGGAAUUCCUGAUCUUGUAAAUCAAGUAAGUUGCCAGUGCUCUUGAAGUGCAGAUUUUUCAGUUUGCUGUAUGCUCUUAAAAUGUAUUUUUGCAGGGGGGAGAAUAAAAACCCUAGUACAUUUCUUCCUCAGUACUUUGUACAUUCUUCUUUUGGGUGAGAAGAACUUAUUUUAUAUAUUAUAGGCUCCAGAACUUGCUACUCACCUCAAGCUAAACAUAGCCCACCUUCUCUGUAUUGUGGCCUGCCAAGUAUUCUUGCAGUCCUAAAAAGGCUGUAAAAACAGAAGAUUUAUCCAACUGCUGGUGACCUGCAUUACAUUUGCUGGAUUACAAAUUAUGCAGACCUGAUAUGAUUAUAAACAUGAUAUUGCAGUGCCCCUUUAAAAAAAUCAUAGUGAGAAAAUGUUUGCCUAUAACAUAACAAGAGCAGCCUUCUGAUCUAAAAAUUGUUUAUUUUCCUUUUAAUUUGUGACAAUACUACAUUGUAAUUAAUGUGUGCAGGCAUCUUCUUUAGAAAGGUAGUUGUAGAAUAGUUGCUGAAUAUUAUAGUGAUGAAGUCUUAAUAUACCUGACUCAGAACUUGCUCAUAGGAGAUGGAUUUUGUCAAUGUAAUUUUGAAUUGGGCAAUUUUCAUUGGAUUAUUGGAUAAUCCUGUGUGUAUCCCUAAACUGUUAAAUGGUGAAAUAGGGUCCCAUAACUGUUGUACCAUGUGCUUACUGGUGUGUCUCCUGAACAUUUACUAUGUUUUUUACACUGCCAGCUACACACACACACACACACACACACACACACAAAGCUCAAAUUUUCAAAUAUAAAAUUCCCCUGUAUAAAAUAUUCUUAAUAUACUAUUGCAGUGUGUGAAAUAUUUGCAAGUUCUAUAUUCUUUUUAAGGGGCAAGCUUUGGAACCCAAGCAAGAAUCAUUUCAUGGCCAAGAAUCUACUGUAAUGAUUGACCAGAAGCCUCCAGUAUAUGGUCAGCCAUACCAGGGCCAGGGAGCUCCCCUGCCAGGGGGUUUUAGUAGCGUGCAAGGCCAACAGGCAGCCUUUAACUCUGUGAUGAAUCAGAUGAAUCAGCAGGGCAGUUUUCCAAUGCAAAGUAUGCAUCCCCGAGCAAAUGUCAUGAGGCCCAGAACCAACACACCAAAGCAACUUCGGAUGCAGCUCCAACAGAGACUUCAAGGGCAGCAGGUAAACAAUUAUAAUUUUUCAGUUCCCUUCUGAAGAGGGAAACUUUUUGGCUUUGCUAAGGGCAGGAAAAUGAAAUAUAUCACUUACCCAUUAACACAUACAUUCAUUUGUUUUAUCCUGUCCUGAUAUUUGGUACACACAGAGACUUAGUUUACAUGUCAAGAUGUUGCCCAAACUAUGACUUAACUGGUACUAUGCAACCACGAGGGCUCCUAAAAUGGAGCUACAGCUUUGGCUACAGCUCAUGGUUAGAGCACAAACGUUGGCUAAUGAUAAUGCAGGAAUAAAAAAGACAAGAGAGGAGGAAAGGUGCUGUGAGCUCCCCAGGAAUCCACAUGUUUGCAUGGUUCUGAUAGUCCAUAAUUUGGCUUGCCAUGACAUGUGAAGCAGGCCUGCAAUUCCUCAUCAUUGUAGUCUUUAUUUUCAGUUUGGUAAUGUCAUUUCUGAGAUUAAAUACUGCUGGACUAGACAGAUUAUUUGUUUGAUGAAAACUGAUGUUUGAUGAAAACUGAUGAAAACAGUGGCACGGUUGUUUUCUGAAUUGCACUAUUAAGUAUCAGUAUGAAAGUUAAUGAUUAGGUUUGUAUAUUUAAGGCCCUUGUUGGCAUCCUUCUGCCUUGGAGACAAUGGAGGAGUGCGCCUUUGGGCGUGAAGUCAAACGUUGUGUUUCAGCGCACUUAAUAAGCCACACUGAGUGAAGUAGCUUCUUUUUAAUUAUUACUUUUGCCUAGGUUUGUAGUGUAGCAUGGGUUUUAUAGAAACCUGUUUGAUGUAUUUUGACAUCGUUCUGUUACACACUGUUGCUUUCUGUUUCUUAAGUUUUUGAAUCAGACUCGUCAAACACUUGAUAUAAAAAUGGAGAACCCCAACCCUGGUAGUGCAUCAGUGAUGAGACCUGUUAUGCCCCCACAAAUGGGAUCACAAGUAAGUAUUACUAAUCAGUUUAUACAGUAGCCUCCCACUUCCUGCUGUUAUUUUACCUCUCCCCAGUUCUGCUUUCUAUUACUUCUCUCUUCCUUCAUACAUCUUUUAAAGCACUAAAACAGACACACAUAUUUUUAUCUAAUGGAUCAAAGUCCAAUAGAACAUAACCAUAAACCAAAAUACGAUUCUACAUGAAUCAUGUCAUCAUUAGACAUACAUCAGUUGGGGCAUAUGACUGGUGAAGAAACAUCUAUAUAAUAAUGUCAUCCUAAAUAAUGUCAAUAUUUUUGAUUAGGAAUUACAAUGCUCUGUUUUACCAUUGUUGCAAUUCCUGUUCAGAUGGGUGAGGCAUUGGAUCUCAACUGCAAUUGUAGAAAAGUACAGUGGUACCUCGGGUUACAGACGCUUCAGGUUACAGACUCCGCUAACCCAGAAAUAGUACCUCGGGUUAAGAACUUUGCUUCAGGAUGAGAACAGAAAUCGUGCGACGGCAGCAGCAGCGGGAGGCCCCAUUAGCUAAAGUGGUACCUCAGGUUAAGAACAGACCUCCGGAACGAAUUAAGUUGUUAACCCGAGGUACCACUGUAUUCCAGAACCAUUCUGGGGAUUGAAACUGUUGAGCAAUGCUAGUCUGGCAAGUAUGGAUUCAGUUACUUGUAUCUAAUUUAGCUUUAAGUAACCGUCCUGUCAGUACAAAUAUUUAUUAUGCCUGUGCAAUGGGACUUUCCUCUUGUGCAUCCCCUUAAUAUUUUCUGCUGGUUUCCCCAACCAUUUGGAGCAGAUUUGGGAAGGACACAUUCAGGGUGGGUGGGGGCGAGAGAAGGUCUCAUUGUUCAAUCAUAAAUUUUUGCACUGACAGAAAAGUUGCUUAGUGCCACAUUGGAUAUAAGCCACAGUGCCUGCUGAAUGUUCAAGCUACACAAAGUGAGACCUGCAACAAAAUGUAGAGUGCUGCUGUUUGGGGUUUUAGCCACCCAGCUAGUAUCUGUUCCAGGAUGCUCCAUUCCCUUCCAUUCCACCACCUUCACCACUCCAAUAGUCAUCAAGCCAGCAUUCUGUUUGCUAGGUCAUUUUUGGUUCCCUCCUUUUACCUUUUCUUUAUAACUUAGACAAACUUUGGGGAUUCCCCAAGCUGCUGAUAACUUGUGCAUUGAUAUCUGCGUAAGGGUAGACCCAAAGAGAAUAAGCUUGCUAUUGGUAUAUAGACUGUAGACCAGAUGUGGGAAAACUUUGAUCCUGCAAAUGUUGCUGCAAGCAAGGCCAAUGGGGCAACAUCUGGAGGGCCGAAGGUGGUUCCCCACAGUUACUGUACACUGUGCUACUUAUUACUGCAGAAUAAAUGUGCAUUUUCUUACUGUUCCAUUCUGCUAUUUCAUUAAUGGGAGAAAAAUAGACUGUAUUGUGCUUUUUUAAUAUAAAAAAGCUCAUGGACAUAAAACUCUUAAGAUAUGUUUUUUUUUCCUUGUCAACUUAAUAAUUCUUCCUCUGUAUUCUUUAAUGUGCCUUUUGUCAAUCCUCUUUGGGUGCUAGCAGCAAGGCUUCCUUAAUGCUCAGAUGGUGGCGCAGCGAAACAGGGAGAUAAUAAGUCAUCACAUCCGACAACAAAGGAUGGCCAUGAUGAUACAGCAGCAACAGCAGCAGUCUCAAGCCUUCAGUCCUCCUCCAAAUGUGACCACCUCAGGAAGCAUGGAUGGUGCUGUUACAGGCCCUCCGAUGGCUCCAGUCCCAUCCCAGCAAUUUUCAUACCCAGCCAAUUAUGGUACUUACUUCAUUUGUAUCUUACUUGCUUCUAUUUCCUGUGGCUGCUGUUGGGCUUAGUAAAUUACAAAAAAACUUAUUAAAGCUAGAAUAUUUUUAUAGAAGAGUAUAAGCACAAUAUUUUGGAAUGAGGGAGAAAGUGGGGUUUUGAGGGAUUUGACAUAUUCUGUAGCCGAAUGAUCUAAAAUAGAACAGCCACAGAGCAGAAAUGUUGUAAAAUUCACGAUCUUUAUACAGUAAUUUCACAGCUCAUUGGUUCUCUCAAUUUUGAUUUGAAUUAUGUCUUAGUCAUUACUUAAUUCUGCAAGAAAACUUUUUUGUACAGGAAGGGUCUGGCAACAAAAAGCAAGCAUUUGAUCUUUUUUUAUUCUGCUUUGCUAUAUCUGAAAUUGCUACAACAAACAAUGAAACAUUAGUAAGUUAUAGUACCUUGUAACCAUGUUUAGGGACCAAGUGAAACUGAGAAAAGCAAACUUGCAUGAUGGGGGAACAUAAGAUGCUACUUUAUAUACCGAGUCGCACCAUUGGUCCAAGUAGCUCAUUAAUGUUCACACUAACAGUGGCUCUCCAUGAGGUCAGGUGGAGUUCUCUCACAACUCUACCUGGAGAUGCUGGUGAUUGAACCUAGGACCUUCUUCAUGCAAAGCAGAUGCUCUACUACAGAGCUAUGGCCCCUUCAAGGAGAGGGAGUCUUGAGUGAAUGCAAGCUGGUAACACCAAGGGUGGAAAUUUACCAUUAACUUGGGAAUCAAAGUGCAGUUCUCCUGAGCACCAUUGCCUCUCCAUGAGAAUUAUUCCCUUCUGGCCUUUCAUUUGUACCGUGCUCCAAAGGUACCUUUCUUCAGGGCUUUUUUGAUUGAAUCAGGUAAGAGAAAUUGUGCAACCACAAGAGUGAAAUUCUGUAAAUAUUAGAGGACACAUGUGCCUUCAGCAGAAAAUAGCUAAGUGUCAUAACCACCAAACUGUUAUCUUAUUUAUUUUGUAAGGAAUGACCCAGCAACCAGACCCUGCCUUUAGCAGGGUAUCAAGCCCACCCAAUUCCAUGAUGGCUCAAAGAAUUGGACCCACACAAAAUCCCAUGAUGCAGCAUCCUCAGGCUGCACCAAUGUAUCCAACUCCUGAAAUGAAGGGCUGGCCAUCAGGAAAUAUGGCCAGGAGCAGGUGAGAGUCAGAUAUCUCAACUAGUGUUUUGAAAGGGGAGCCUGUGGCUGUGGAGAACUGAAGAACAUAGCUUUUAGCAGACUGAAUUGUGUGAUUUUUUUAAAAAAACAUGCAAUCUAGACAGUCUUCACUCUUGCACCCAGAUUCUUAAAAAACAACAACCCUAAAAUAAUUUGUUUCAUAGAAGAUUUCAAAAUAUUUGUUCAAAUUUUUAAAUGUUGCAUAUUUCACAAAGAUAUGGGGCCUAUUUUUGUUUCACAAAGUUAAACAAGCUGAUCAAGACAUGAUGUGUUGUUAAAAAAAGAUUAAAGGAACAUCAAAGUGUCCAAAUCUAUAUAUGUUGAACUAUUUGUUCCAGAUUGGUUACGUGCAGGGCUAAAAACUCAGUGAGGUAGGCUUAAGUUAACAAAACAGUUUCCGACAAUGGAUGAAGAGAUCCUAGGAUGGGAGUGAUUUACACUGAUCCAUCAUUUUUGCAUUUCCUUUCUUUUUUAUUUAAAGCAAAGGAUUUAUUCAUUUGUUGAUCAUAGGCUCAUUUGUUUAUAGCACUAGUCAAUCUCUAGAGCCACAGGUUGGUGUGAGCGCCUUACAAAUAACUACAUCUGAUCUUGAAGACAUUGUGAUGAGACAACUGUCUCUGCAACUGAUUAUGGACGGGAUUACGAGGUUUUAUAGUUGUAAUGCCAAUGACGUAACAUGCCAGUGGUUGAAUGAAUCUGAGAGCAUUUUUUUUUUCUUGUGUCCUCUAGUUCUUUUCCACAGCAACAGUUCAGCCAUUCAGGGAACCCUGCAACUUACAACAUGAUGCACAUGAACAGCAAUGGUGGUCACAUGGGACAAAUGAAUAUUAAUACUAUGCCUAUGUCAGGAAUGCCCAUGGGUCCAGACCAGGUAAGAUGGCUGUAACUGUUGGUUCUCCACAUGCAGCUCUUUAGAUCUCCAUAUGCAUAUCAGCCCCUAAAAUUGCCAGUGCCAGUGCCUAGCAAACAUUAACAGAAACUUCUCAACAUUUUCCUGGCUCAGAAAAUAAGGUUUGACUUGCGUGGUUGUCAUUUUUGCUCACUCUGCACCCUUUCUUAUUUCUCCCAAACUCCCAAACCCCUAUUUCUCCAGUGGGUUCUCUCUCAGUGGUUUUACAUAAAAUGGUAAGGCUAGCUGUGAAACAGCUAUUGCCUGUGAGCAUCCCAGGUUCAUUGCUGAAAUAGAUUUACUCAAGGAAUCCACAAGGCUCUGCAAUCCUAGCCUUAGAGUAACUUAAGCUCAACACCAGGCCAUUUCCUCCCAAUCCCCCUUCCCCUAAAACGAAUCUAUAUUUUUAAAAGCAUUUUCAGUACCAGUGCAGUAUUAAUUUAUACUUCUUUCCUUAACCUUCAGAAAUGACAGCAAAAAAUUUGCUUGAUUACAAAGUUUGUCUCUCUUACACUGUUGUUUGUUCACUGGUGUGUUGUGUUUUUUUCUGCAGAAAUACUGCUGA